UCUUGUCCCAAAAUGUGAGCAGAUAAAAAGGGCUCCACUUCCACGCCAACCUCACAAUUCCCCACUCUUUUUUCUUUUUCAACUUAAAUGCUGUACACUUCAAAUUCAACUCUGCCUUUUCCAUUUCCAUUUCCAUUUCCUCUCUUUGUUUGUGUCAAUAUUACAAGUUUCUCAAACCCUUUUCCAACUUCUCUUAAUAAUUAUAAUGGCACAGAAAGUAGUAUUGAAGGUGCUGACUAUGACUGAUGAGAAAACAAAGCAGAAAGCUAUAGAAGCUGCAGCCGAUAUAUUUGGGGUGGAUUCAAUAGCAGCAGAUCUAAAAGAACAGAAAUUGACAGUAAUUGGACAGAUGGAUGCAGUAGCAAUUGUGAAGAAGUUGAAAAAAGUGGGGAAAGUUGAUAUAGUCUCUGUUGGUCCAGCCAAAGAAGAGAAGAAAGAAGAAAAGAAAGAAGAAAAGAAAGAGGAGAAGAAAGAGGAGAAGAAGGAAGAGAAGAAAGAGGAGAAAAAGGAAGAAAAAAAGGAUGAGAAGAAAUAAACUUUACUUUUUUUUUUUCCAAUUAUACAUAAAUAAAUAAAUAUAAUCUAUGAAUCAACUUCAUAUCAUAUCCAUAUUCAAAAUCAGAAAAAAAAAAAAAAAAAAAAAAACUUCAUAACCAUAUAGAAGUAUAAUCUAAUUUUUGCAUUAUAUGGCAUUUUAUUUUUCACAUUUUUGAGGUUGUGGUGAAUUAAUUUAGUGAAAUGUUUAAUAAUUAUGUUUUUCUUUUUCGUGUGAAAA